GCUGAUAUACGUACGCACCAGUGUCGCAACAGCCUGGCGAGAGUUGGGAGGCCGACAAAAACAAUAUACAUGUACAAAUGUAAUUCGUAAGGACAAAGGUUUGUUUUUCUCGCAAACUUGUCUGCACAACUGAUUUCCUGGGCAGUCUAUUGCGUCUUCCUAAUUGGGUCUGACGAACUAAGCCGGUCCACUGCAUCCGGAGUGUACUAUCCUCGGGCACCAGCCAAACUCGGCGCCCUACGCAUAGAGUCCAAGCAUAAUUUCUCAUGCAUGUCCGUGCUUCAGAGUUGUGAAAAGGCCUGUGAAACCAAACGGACUGUUGGUGGUUGAGCCAUUGUGACAUGCCCGACGAAAAAGGGACAAUUUUCGACAAACCGGCUGCAAGAAUUAUGCGAAUCAUCGGUGGGUUGUCGUCGAUGCGAACCUGGUUGUGACAUCAUACCAAGACACGAGGUGGAGGGGAUGGAGUCACGUGAUGAAGAGAGCGGUGUCUCCCUGUUGGCGGGCGGUUCAAGGAAAGGCCAUGUGAAAAUGAAGUUGAAACCCGAAACAGCAGAUCGGAAUGGAACAGUUAAACCGAUAGGUGGCGUAGUGAUAGAGGAGGAUAAAGAAAAUCACAUGAAAAUCUACGGUUACCAUAAGGACUUGGCGAAGGAAAUCUUGUUCUAUUUGCUCAUCAUUCUGACCGGAGGCAUUGCGCUCAUUGUCUUCACCUGGAAGAGGGAGCUCGCAUUGAAGUGCUCCAACAAGCAAUGUCCAGUCGAUGUGGCGCCGAAAAUACUCGUUAAGAAUUCGCACAAGCAAUCAUUCGUAGAGACCGUGAAGACCCUGAAGUAUAAACAUGAAGGGGAAACGACAGAUAUAAAAUAUUUCACGAACAAAAAAAUAUCGUACCUUUGGGAUGAGAAGAGGAAAUCAUUCUCAAAACUCAGACCACUCCAGCCAGAUACUACGUGCCAAUCUCUCUAUCUGCAAUCUGCCGGCCUGGACGCCAAUGAGGCAGAUAACAGGAGAGUCCUCUACGGUGAGAAUCUCAUCAACAUCGAGGUGAAGCCAGUGUGGUAUAUGGUACUACAUGAGUCUAUGAAUCCUUACUAUAUCUUCCAAAUCUACAGCGUGGCAGUCUGGUUGGCUCAGCAGUACAUCCUCUACUCCGUGGCUCUUAUCUUCAUGUCAGCUCUAGCCAUUGGGAUUAACGUCUAUCAAACGAGAAAGCAAACCUUUGCCCUCAGAACAAUGAUGGUAUCCAAAAGACCAGUAACCGUAUGCAGAAAUAACACACCAGAGUUAACAUCAUCAGAGCAUCUGGUCCCAGGUGACGUCAUCAUCAUCCCGUCCACGAGGACGAUAAUGGAAUGCGAUGCCGUACUUCUGACCGGAAGUUGCGUUGUUGACGAAAGUAUGCUGACAGGGGAGAGCAUCCCAAUCACCAAAACCCCUCUUCCAACCGUACAAGACAUCUACUCUGCCGAUACCCACAAGCGACACACGUUAUUCUGCGGCACCAAAGUCAUUCAGACCCAUAGCCAUGGCAACGAGGAUGCCAAAGCCGUGGUCGUCGGGACGGGGUUCUCCACGGCGAAGGGGGAAUUGGUCCGAAGUAUCCUCUUCCCAAAGCCAGUGGAUAUGAAGAUGUAUGCAGACGGCAUGAAGAUCAUGGUGAUAUCAUUGUCCUUGGGGGUGAUUGGAAUGAUUUAUACAGGAGUGCGUAUGUCAGCUAAUGAGGUGACCGUAUUUAAUGUUAUCAUCAAUGUUCUUGACAUCUUGACCUUCACCGUCCCUCCGUCACUUCCGGCCGUGAUGACUCUCGGGAACGUUUACGCUCAGGGCAGGUUAAAAAGGAAUAAAAUAUUUUGCUUGAAUUCAAAAUAUAUCAACAUUGCGGGGACGUUGGAUUUGGUUUGUUUUGACAAGACGGGGACACUGACCAACGAUGGCCUUGACCUCUGGGGCAUCCGGCGAGCGUAUAAAAAGAAGUUCUCCCUAGUCCUAAAAGACGGCAGACAGUUGCUGCAUGAACCACUUCUGGUAGCUAUGGCAACGUGCCAUUCCCUCGCGAAGUUUGAUGGAAAGCUAGCUGGUUAUCCGCUUGAUCUGAAAAUGUUUGAGGCGAUUGGCUGGGAAUUCGAAGAUGAUGCACUUGUGUCUGAUGAUGUCAUCGUGUCCGUCAGUCCGGCAAAAACAUCAAAGGAUGGCCCUCGAGUUGGAAUAGUCCGUCAGCUGCCCUUCUCCUCGUCUUUACAACGCAUGAGCGUUAUUGCGCAAUACCUCGACGGUGGCGACGGGGGUUACAUCGUGUUUACCAAGGGGUCCCCGGAGAAGAUUGCCGGAAUGUGUAGGCCUAACACCGUUCCGUCAGACUUCAACGAGGUCCUUAGCAACUACACGAGCGACGGAUUUCGAGUGAUUGCCAUGGCCUACCGACCAUUGCCGAAGUCCGUUACCAAGGAAACCGUUCAGACGAUCCAUAGAAACGACCUUGAGGCUGACCUUACCUUUCUCGGAUUGCUGGUAAUGGAAAACGCGCUUAAACCACAGACCGAGGCGGCGCUGAGGGUGUUACAUAAUGCUAAUAUUAGGACUGUCAUGGUUACCGGAGACAACAUUCUAACUGCAAUAAAGAUUGGCCGCGACUGCCGGAUGAUAAAUGACGAUGAUGAGGUCAUCCGAGUGAGUGCCGACAAUCUCCAUGACAACGAUGAUGACGUCACCAUAACAUACAAGAUAGCAGAACCGUGGAUCAAGUCAUAUUCAUUCAAAAUUAUAGAGAAUUGUAACGGAUUGCAGGAAUAUGAUUUUGAAGCCUGCAGCCAAGGCAAUUACAGCCAGCGCGUGAAGUUCCAUUUUGCUCUAGAUGGAGCAACUUUUGAAUGGAUUCGAACCCACGACCCUAAUUUGCUUAUAAAGAUCGUUCAGCAAGGGACCAUAUUUGCGAGGAUGCUCCCUGAGCAGAAGGUACACCUUAUCGAAGAGUUACAAAAGCUUGAUUAUACUGUAGGUAUGUGCGGAGAUGGCGCAAACGACUGCGGCGCCUUAAAGUGCGCUCACGCUGGUAUCUCCCUCAGUGUUGCAGAGGCGAGUGUCGCAUCGCCCUUCACCUCGAAAGAGCCAAACAUUGAGUGUGUGCAGAGACUUAUAAGGGAAGGCCGGUGUGCGGUGGUGACAUGUUUCGGUGUCUUCAAACUCCUGCUCGGGUAUUUCUGGGAAUGUUUUUUUGCAACUUGUAUUCUCUACUUUAUAUCAUCUGAUCUUACUGACGAGCAGUAUCUAUGGACUGAUCUUGCCUUAGUUAUCCUGCCUAUCAUGUCUUUCCCGAAUACUGGAGCUUAUGAAGGCCUGGUCGCUAGGCAACCACCACAGAUUUUGUUCACCCUCACCCCCAUGCUGUCUCUACUAUCAUACACUUUCAUACAAGUGUGUAGUUUCACGUUGCUAUGGACAUGGCUUCAUUGGCAACCGUGGUUCGUACCCUGGGACCCUGAAAGCGAUGACGUAAUCUCCCACGAGAAUACCCUUAUAAUGAAUGCUCUCAGCAUGGCCUUCAUUGCGGCUCUCAUGGCCUUCCCACAAGGCGCUCCCUACCGGCAGAAUAUGUUCCAAAACAAAAUCUACAGCUUAACCGUGGGGAUCAUGUUUGUGAUAGUAGCCAGCAUAGCCAUCUAUCCGCCCUGGUUCGUCAUCAAAUUUCUAAAGCUGAAGUUGUUCCCAAGCCUGUAUUUCCAAGUCCUGGUCUUCCUUGUCUCGCUGGCGACCCUGCUCUUGACUGUCGUCUGGGAGAUCUAUUUUGUGGAGGGGAUCCUGUGGGAGUACCUUAUACCAAAGUUCACCACUAUCUUCAGCAGUGGAAAGAAAAAACACAAGCAAGUUGAGGAAACCUUAACCAAACUGAAAAACUGGCCUUCUAGGAAUCUAAUAUCAUCUCUGAACUUAAAAUCGAACGAAACAAGUGAAAGACUGACAUCCUAGCAAAUCCUACUUAGUCAUAGUUUUGGUUCAAAAUUGGAAGGAGUAAAUUGUGUGGCCAAAAUUAUAUUUGACUCUGCUGAGGAAACAUUAAACCAAAUAAAAGACUGGACUAUCGAAUACAAAGACUGGACUAAGGACUGAAGACUGAACCAAAUUUAGAAUCAUGCCAAGUAUAGAGAUGUCAAAAAAUAUCGGUGAUUCUGUAAAUAAGGCGAAAUGCGAUUCUAAAGUUUUGGGGGCUCUACUAGAGGAGGAAGAAAAUUCCGGAGCCUCGUCCCUAGAGGAUGGAGAAGGCUAUGACGAGGUUGACGCAGGAUUAUGCAAUCGUUCCGAGCUGAGACGUGAAAAUCUGAAAAAACCUUACAAUGAGAAGCAGCUUGCUAAGAAAGAAAAACAGAGGAAUAAGCGUUCGGAGAGCGUUCCAAAUAUUCCUGUACAGGAAUUGAAAAUAGUGAUACCUGGGGUUGGCGAGGGGAAGAAGCAGCGCAGUAGGAGUGAACCUGCGAUUAAGACUAAAUAUUGUGAUGCAGAGGAGGGGGUUAACUCAAAAGAGUUGGAAGCAGAGUUAAAGCGGGCGGGGUCAGAUGUGUUUUUACAGAGUGGGGGAUCGGACAAGGACUCUGAAAAGGAGCACAAUCUGUCAAAUAGUUCACCUGUGGAACCCGUCAAAUUUGAUAUAAGUGUUGAAGACGAUUCGUCAAAUAUUAUAGAUGUUAAUUCAUGAUGGCAUGCGAUCAAAUAUGUUGGCAAGGUCAAGUUUAUCGGGGUGGGGGGGGGGGGGUCAAGUCUAUUGAUUUAUAUUGAACUGGACCACAAGUAAUUACGAACCACUUAAUAGAGAGACGUAAUCAGAAAUGCAUUGAGAGCAAUUAUAACCAGAACCUUAGUUUGUGUUGAAAGGAUUGAGGGGCGUGUCCAGGGACACUGGUGUUAGGUUGAGACAGGAAUAAGCACCCAGAUGUUAAACCAUUUAAUAAAAAUUUUGCUGAGGACACACUGGUCUUUCUUCUUUGUCGGAGUAUCUGGUGCAAGGCCAGUUCUGACAUGGUUGAUUGAACUGCCUCGUGCUCAGUUAUCUGCGACAGUAAAUUGGAUUUUUUGGUGUCAUAAGAAAGAGGACACCAUUAGGUAAUAAAUGGUGCUUGCCAAUUUCAAAAAUAUUCAGCCAUGUCCAAGAAAAUAACAAAUUAAUCUCGGUUUCCCUUCAUUUGGAAAUACACUGUUUAUAAAGGAUGGUCCAGAAAAAACGCAACCGGGUACUUGGGAAUCAUUCUAGAAGAGGAAUGGGAGUGACUUACCCAAAAAAGCUCAUUAGCCUCGGUUUGAGUGACGAAAUAAAGGGCAUUUCUCAUCAGAGCAAAAAGUGGCAAUGAAUUCUUCAGUCUACGAAGAUCGCCCGAUUCUGUUCAAUAGCUUUUAUUGUAGAAACAUUUUUGUCAAGCAAAGUCAGGGUUCAUUCCCGCAUAGAAAUAAUCAAACUGUUCCGGUAAAUUGAACUCGGUAAGUAGGUAUAGAUUAAAUGCUUCACAAAAAGUCUCUUCACCAAAAUCUACUGAACAGAAUCGGGCGAUCUUGGUAUCAUUCUUCUUCUAGAAAACCCCAGCUACUGGUAUAUAUCAAUGGUUUUAAUCCCCUGGUAGUGGAAGUAUCCGGUUGCGUUUUUUCUGGA